AUGUUUGCUAUGUGGGAAAGAAGUAACUGGUGGUGUCUUCAGACUGAAGGAGCACAUAGCUCAUGUGAAAGGAAUGUUGCUUCUUGUCGACUGUCAAACAAAGAGGAUAAAGAGAAGUGUUUGAAAGUUCUUUUAGAAGUCAAAAGCAAGAAGAUUCAGAAGAGAAAGAAUGAUGCAGCUUUGAGGGCACAAGUUAAUAUUAACAAGGACAGUGUCGUUGAGGAGGAGCUUGGUCAGCGUAAAGGUCCUCACUUCCAAGGUCCGAUGGACAACUUUGCUACAACUAUUAACCCUCAAGCAACUUCUGCUGGUCAGAAACGUCAACAGAGUCUCCAUGAUGCGAUUUCAAAGGAAAAAACAAAUCAGGUGCAUCAGUAUUGUGCUCGCUGGAUCUACAACUCAAGCAUCGCUUUCAAUGCCAUUGACAAUGACGACUUCAGGCUGUUUUGCGAAGCUUUAGGACAGUUUGGUCCUAAUUGGCAGCCUCCAAGUCAGCAUCAGCUUCGGGAACGACUUCUUAUUGAGGAGAAACAAAGGACAAAGGAAAAGCUGAAAGACUUAGAGGAAGAAUGGGAGCAGGAAGGAUGCUCUGUGAUGACUGAUGCAUGGACUGAUAUGAGAAGAAGAAGCAUCUUUAAUCAUUGUGUCAACUCAAGAUCAGGUACAUGUUUUCUUAGUUCACAAGAUUGUUCUAAGGAGUCUCACACAGGUCAGUACAUCUUCGAGUAUAUAGAUAAGUGCAUCGAAGAAGUAGGUCCUCUGAAGGUUGUCCAAGUGGUGACUGAUAAUGCAACCAAUAAUGUGGCGGCUUCAAAAUUGCUUAAGGAGAAGAGGCCGAAUAUCUUCUGGUCUGGAUGCGCUGCUCACACCAUUGAUCUGAUGCUUGAAGGAAUUUCAAAGCUGGAUGGGAUUGCUAAAAUAAUAGACCAAGCCAAAUCUCUCACAAUCUUCAUCUACGCUCAUCAUAGAACCUUGGACAUGAUGAGAUCACAUACAAAGAAGGCUGAGAUUGUGCGACCAGGAGCAACAAGGUUUGCAACUUGCUUCUUGACUAUGCAAAGUCUCUAUGAAAAGAAGGGAAUGCUGAAGAAUAUGUUUGGCAGUGAGGAGUGGCUUAAGUGUGUUCUUUCUAAGAGUGUCAAGGGCAAAAACUUCAUAUGA